CCUCUGGGAUGAUUGUCCUUUAGUUAAGCUUCCCGUUUCGUUUAACCCUAAUAUCGUAUUCGGGGAACCCAGACCUCCUCUUUUCCUCAUUCUGCGGCUGCUGGGGGACACGUCUCCAGUGGGAGAGGAGAGCGAGGGAGGUUAUCUGUAGACGCGGAUAUUAUCAUUCUCUUAGGGCUUCCCAAGGGUCCCAGCCUCUCUGCACGAGCACACUUGAUUCUCCCAAUAACCCCACGAGAUAGGUAUUAGCGCCUUCACUUUGAGGAGAAUAGACUGAUCCAUAACUCACUGCUCAAGGUCCCACACCUAGUACAUGACAAAGCUGAGACUGGGAUCUGGGCAUUCGGGCUCCAGAAUCCUUGCUUUUAACUCCGAAGCAAGAAGUGUCCUGUGGCUUCUGGCAGUUUCAGGACCGGACAGGCACUAGUCAGCCAAUACCCAGGUAUCCGAACAAGAGAAUGGGUCACCAGACUCAAGAGGCCUAUUUACCUUAAUCAUGGAGUCUUCCUCAAAGGGUCUGCUCACCCAAGUUACUCAGUUCUGGAACCUCCUAGACGAUCUGGCUGAAAGUAAUCCUGAGAGCUACAAGAAGUUCAUUGAACAGCAGCUGAAAGAAGGGAAGCAGCUCUGUGCCACCCCAGAAGAACAGCUCUGUCUACAAACCAGGAUCCUAAAACCCAAGGAAAAAGUACUUUUUAUUAACCUGUGUCAGUGGAAAAGGAUCCCAGCUCCCCAGUCAACCACUCAUCCAGUACCUCUAAAGGUUGGCACACCAGAAGAUAUCUCUGAGACAUCAGAUGUUUAUACAGUCAUCGAUGUUGCCUACAAUCCUGAUGUUCUCCAGGCAGCAGAAAAGGACCAAGUAAAAAAAGAUCAGUUAAUACGGAUGGCCAUGAAAUGCAUUGAGGAACAAUUCCAGUUCACUCUCUCACAUUCUUACAGUAUCGCUAAAUUUAGAAUAAAAGGAAGCAUUCAAAGGAUGAAACAAAAUCUGAUGGGAAUACAAGCUGACCCCACAGAUUUAAGAGAGAAAAUGAGAAAGGAACUAACCCUUGAACAGAUAAGUAGUACUGUGAGCAAUGCAGAUCACUUUCAGCUUUUAUUGCCAAAAGGAGAAGUUUCAAGCAAAGCAAGGUGUCUGAUUGAGGAGAUUUCCACUACAGAGACCCAGGUAGAGCUGAAGGAACCAACCUAUGAAUUAAAAACUGUGGCUGACCAGAAUGAUAAACCUCUGGAAAUUGAAAUAAAAGUUGAAUUACCUGGUAUUAAUUCCGUAUCUCUCUGUGAUCUUAGUGUUUCUGAGGAUGAUUUAUUGAUUGAGGUCUCUGAGAAGUACAGAUUACAUCUGAAUCUUCCAGAAUUUGUGGAUACUGAAAUGACUACAGCCAAAUUUAUCAAAGAGAAAGCUAUAUUAAUCAUCACAAUGCCAUUGGCGUAAGAAGAGCAUCAUCUGCUUUGGAUUUUCAGUGCUAAAGGCAUGUGAAUGAGAGGACCUUUAUAAUGGGUGAAGAGGUAGUGGUUUACCUUAAACACUAGUAUUUUCUAAGAAUUCUUUUUGAUGGAGUGAGAUUCUCUCUUCAACUUCUGUUUAUCUUUUUUUUGUUUUAACUCAAAUUUGGCUAGACAGAGACUCUUAUAAUGGUAUUGCCAUGAUAUACUUGUUUUGAAGCUAUUUCUAAUGGUCUUAAAGUAACAAAUUGUCAUUUGGGAAAAUUCCGUUUCCAAGUAAAUUGUGAAAAUUCUUGGCUUA